CAUGCUGACACAGUCACAGACCCUUUAUAUAGGCCUUGAUUUGGGGGAAAGCCUUCAAAAUAUCACGGGGAGGGAUCGGAACCCGAGAAAAUGGGUUCGCCAUUGCUACACUCUCUCUUCUUCACUCUGUUUCUGCUCUGCCUCUCAACCAAAGCAGAGGAUUUUGGUGCAACACAGAACCUCAAAGGAACAUGCAACUUUUUCCGUGGAAAAUGGGUCUAUGAUGCUUCCUACCCUCUCUAUGACCCUUCUACUUGUCCCUUCAUAGAUCCACAGUUCAAUUGCCAAAAACAUGGUCGACCAGAUAAAAUGUAUCAAAACUAUAGGUGGAUGCCAUUUUCUUGUCCCAUGCCAAGAUUCAAUGGAUUGAACUUCUUGGAGAGAUAUAGAGGGAAGAAGAUUAUGUUUGUGGGUGACUCAUUGAGCUUGAACCAGUUUAAUUCAUUGGCAUGUAUGAUUCAUGCUUGGGUGCCAAAGUCUAGGAGCACAUUCAGACAGAGGGAUGCUCUCUCCUCAGUCACAUUUGAGGAUUAUGGGCUUGAGAUAUAUUUGUACCGUACAGCAUACUUGGUGGAUCUUGAACGUGAGAAAGUUGGACGAGUUUUGAAGCUCGACUCUAUCAAGAACGGUGACUCUUGGAAUGGGAUGGACGUUCUGAUCUUUAACACGUGGCACUGGUGGACCCACACCGGAAAUGCACAACCGUGGGACUAUGUUCAGAUGAAUAAUAAGUUGUACAAAGAUAUGAACCGUUUUAUUGCAUACUAUAAAGGGCUAACAACAUGGGCAAAGUGGGUUGAACGAAACGUGAAUCCAGGGAAAACUAAGGUCUUCUUUUUGGGAAUUUCUCCUGUGCAUUACCAGGGGAAAGAUUGGAAUCAACCAACAAAGUCAUGUAUGGGUGAGAAACAACCAUUCUUUGGAUUGAAGUAUCCUGCAGGGACACCAAUGGCUUGGGUGGUGGUGAAGAAGGUGUUGAACAAGAUAACAAAGCCAGUGUAUUUCUUGGAUGUGACCACACUCUCACAGUACAGAAAAGAUGCACAUCCUGAAGGAUAUAGUGGGGUUAUGGCAACAGAUUGUAGCCAUUGGUGUCUUCCAGGCCUUCCUGACACUUGGAAUGAGCUUCUCAAUGCAGCUCUUUCUGCUUGAAAUAGUCAGUCAUAUAGAUUUAUUGAUUAUUAGGUCAACUUGUUAGAGGAAAACACAUUGUUUUCAGCUGUAGGAUAGAUAUUUAAUUUAUCAUUUUGCUUCUUGUAAUUGGGAAUAAAAGUGUUCCAUGCUCCAAAUUGUAAAUGUAGAUUUAUUUUA